CACACUUGAGUCAACUUCCCUCCUUUAGUCCUUAGUUUCAUCGAAUGGCUGCGAACCAAUUUGCCUAUCCAUGGUCUCCUUUCCGCGUCGUUCUCAGCUUCGGCGCUUCGGUGUUGCUUGAAAACUCGUAUCUUGAUGAUCGCUGCAUGGGCCGCCAGUUGGCUUCCUUCCCAAUGAUCUCAACUGCAGAAACAUCCUCCAGAUUUGCGCAAGCAUUGCAUCCUUCAGUUCGACCUCGCCGUUGUAUAGAUCCAGCAAUCCCUUCGUGAGCUAAACAUCGAAUCCUUUAAUGAUUCAAGUAGAGGUUGGUGUUCAGCCUCGGCAGCUCGCAAUGUCUAGCUUGUGCCCAGACGCUCAGCCCGAAGCCCUCCCGUAGGCGAACGGCGUCUUCACUAAUAGCUAGUACCGGCAUUUGCCAGACUUUAAAACCGGGCACUUGGAAAACAUGGAGAGAUUGCAACGCUGAUGGGAUGCCCUAUAGUUGUUGCUGUAUCAUCAGCUAAAAACCCAUGUUCGCUUGUGGUUUUUCAGCGGUCAAGAUGAUCGGCGACCGUCGGGCAGCAGCGAACGCUGCACUGCUCAAAAAGAU